UGCAACUCAAUAGCCUCAAGCGACCCACCCCCUUCGAGAAAUCGACGAGCGUCAUCUUGGCCAUCGCCUUUUGUCCGCCGCCCACCUCAGCUCUCCGACACCGAGUCACGGACUGAACCCAGUCUGUGUUUCUUCAGCGCCCUCUCCUCUAUCUGCACGUGCAAGAAUUCCUCCCCAACGACGCGUAAAUCGCUCGUAAUCGCCCUUCAAAGUAGCUCGAGGUCAACGCGUCUAGUCGAUGCCGGAGCACGGUGCCGGGCGUAAGGGCACGCCGUUGCCCAUCUACGUGGGCGGUGCGAGUGGCCGUCAUGCGCCACGCAAGAAGCCGUUCGUAAGGCGCGGCAGUCGCAACCGCAGCGGCGACGAGAAGGAGCCAUCGCCAGGCAAGAGGAAGGGCGUCUUACUGACGGAGCGACGCACGUGGAACCUGCUGUGGGCGCUAUUUAUCGUCGCCUUUGUGAUCUGCAUGGUGUGUCUCGUGACGCUGGGGCGCAUGGUGCAGGACGGGAGUAUUUCUAACAACGAAGUGAGCGGCGGAGACAGCACCCAGCGCGGCCUCUUUGCCGUGUGGAAGGAGAACCAGGUAUUGGCCAAACUUAAGCGUCUUUCGCACAUGUUCACGUCUGUGGACGAGACCAAAGUGAAGAACUUGGUAACGAAGCAGGAACUGAGCAAUCUGGGCGACUACGAGUGCGUCGGCUGGAGACAAACGACCAACUGCACGCCAACGGGGGACCGCGAGUUUGAGAACGACAAGAACUGCUCGGAAUUGGUCUCCAACGGCGUGUCCGGCUACUGCGAGGUGCGUAAUACACGCACAGGCGAGCUGAAUCGCGUGCUGGAGAUGCACUGCGAUUCCUUGCGCCCAGGCGUGCAGUUCAAGUGCGAUAUGUUCCAGAGUCUGUUGAGCUACAGUAUCCUGUCAACUGACUACGAACACGACCCCAACUUCUCGUAUACUCAAGCCCAAGAGGCUUUCCGGGCGACCAAUAAGCUGUCAAACACGCCCGUCCCACUUGGCGAUGACGGGUUGAAAAACGAGAGUGUUGGGCAACUGGAAUUGUCAUUCGACCGCGGCGUAGUGUUUGUCAUAUAUGAGAAGCUGCUGCUCGGAGCGUAUGUCAGCGUGCGCUCGCUGCGUGCCUUGGGGUGCACGUUGCCCAUUGAAAUGUGGUACAAGACGUCGGAAACCAACGUGCAACAUCCGCUGUUGCGGCUCAUGGUGGACGAGUUUGGCGUGUAUCUGCGCGUGAUCGAAGACCCGCUGGCAACUCAUUUCUAUACGAAAUUGUACGCCAUCUUCUACAGCGCUUUCGACAACGUGCUGCUACUGGACGCCGACAACUUUGCCGUGCGCGACCCCAACUAUUUAUUCGACACACAGGAGUUCGUGGACACAGGCGCCAUCUUCUGGCCGGAUUUUUGGAAACCUGGCAACACCAUUUUCAACAUCCAUAAGAACAGCUACGUAUGGGACUUUUUUGGACUGGAGUACGUAGAUAUGUUUGAACAGGAAAGUGGCCAGGUGAUGAUCAACCGCCGGAUGCACUACAAGGCGCUCAAUGUGCUCAUGUACUACGGCUUCUCUUUGCCUCGAGCACACGAGGAGUUGCGGCUUGUGUGGGGCGACAAAGAUCUGUUCCGGUUCGCGUGGCUCAAGUCCAAGAGCACGUUCCACAUGACGCCACGACCGCCGGGCUCGGCUGGAACGAAACAUCCGGACUACGAUCUGUUCUGCGGCGUGACUAUGGUACAGCACGACCCGAGCGGGCGGGUGAUUUUCCUUCAUCGUAACACUGAAAAGCUGACGUACUCGAAUAAUCGGAUUCUGUGGACGCAUAUCCAGCAGUACAAACGCACGUCUGCACUGUCGGACUACUACGUGCGUGGUGCUAAUGGCGGCAAAGUGUUCCCGCAAUUCAAGCGCUGCUUUGGCAAAGAUGUGCACUACGAGAAACUCUUCACACUUAAGCCGAUGAGUGCCUUUCCCUUUGAGAACCUUGAGGACGAUCUCUUGCGGUUUGCUGCGGCUGGCGCAGAAGUGCUUCGACUUGCUGGGUAUGAAGAGAAGGAUGAGGAACAGACCGAAGAAACCAACAAACAGUGAGCGUUAAUUAACGUACGCCGAGUCAUAGAAGGAGUAGGAAAAUCCAUAGUGCGCCAUUACUCGCCUGCAGUCGAGACAAAUAGCAUAAAAGCUUUUAUUAGGGGGAAAAAAAAUCUACAGAGGAGUCCAGAUUUUUCGACGAGGACGCUGACAGCAGGCAAGUUCUGAAGUGGUGACCAGAGUGGGCCUGUCAGCAUUCGUGCUCUUGUAAAACGGCGCAAUAAUUCGUGUCGAGUUGUCGGUCAACCACGCCUGGAUAUUCUAAACCUGACGUUAUGUAGAAAUUGCUCGAGGACUUGCGUAGAGUCUUAUAGAGCAUGCUGGUCCUUGCGUUUGGUAAGCAUAUCGAUUUGCAACCUUUGCCGAAUUGGCAUCCAGA